AUGGGCAACGAAGCUUCUACACUGAUAGAUGAGAGCACACCUCCCUCGACGUUGAAGCGGCGCGACUUGGAGUCUGUGGCGAACCACAUUCUGAAGAAAAAUGUCAGGAGGAUAGUGGUGCUGACUGGGGCGGGGAUUAGUACAUCUGCUGGAAUACCCGAUUUCAGAUCGCCAGAUACGGGCAUCUACUCAAACCUGGCGCAUCUAGACCUACCCGAUCCCGAAGCCGUGUUCAGUAUUAAUUUCUUUCGAGAAAACCCAGUACCGUUCUAUACCCUUGCCAAAGAGCUCUAUCCAGGCAAGUAUCGACCGACCAUUGCUCACUCGUUUAUCACGCUACUACAUAAAAAAGGCCUCCUUUUGAAACUGUUCACACAGAAUAUCGACUGCUUGGAACGGGCGGCGGGUGUCCCGGGGGAUAUGAUUGUUGAGGCUCACGGAAGCUUCGCUUCUCAGCGCUGCAUCGACUGCAAGACCGAAUAUCCGGAUGAUCUCAUCAGAGAGGCCGUGGAAAAGGGCAAUGUUCCACACUGCCUAGUGCCUCAAUGCAAUGGGCUUGUCAAGCCUGAUAUCGUCUUUUUCGGCGAAGCGCUUCCUGAGGCAUUCUUCCACAACCGCGAACUCCCCGCAACCGCUGACUUGUGCAUCGUCAUGGGUACCAGUCUGACGGUCCAGCCAUUUGCAAGUCUACCAAGCUUUUGUCGCGAUGAGACACCUCGUUUGCUGAUCAACAUGGAGCGGGUGGGAGGUCUUGGAUCCCGUGCUGAUGAUGUGCUACUUCUCGGUGACUGUGAUGCCGGCGUACGCAAACUAGCACAGGCUCUUGGGUGGUCAGACGAACUAGAAGCUCUUUGGGAGGAAACCAAUCCAGAUAAGGGGGCAAGAGAGCGAGAAACAGAGCCAGAGAAGACACGAGAUGAGCUACUCCAUGACGAGGUUGAACGUCUGACUGCAGAUGUUGACCGGGCUCUGCAUAUAUCGAAUAGCCACCAGGACCGCGUUCACAAGCAAUUGGCCGUGCAAAAGGCAGGGGACGAUAGUAAGACACAGGCUGAGUCAGAGGAGACAUCGGGUGAGAAAAAAGAAGGGAAUGAGAUCCUCUCCAGUUACAGAAGCGGUGGAGACAAUGGACUAGGCCAUGUCUUUCCGCAUCUGGAUAAGAAACCGGCUCUGUGA